AUGGCGGCGGCGGCGGCCCGCGGGCGGGGGACGGGGACGCCCGGCGGUCGCGCCGGGGCCGGCAGCGGGCCGAGCACGCGCUCACGCGGGACGGAGGCGGGGCGCCGGGCCGGAGCCCGAACCCCUCCCCGCCACCGGGGAGACGCGCGCGGGGCCGCGGACGGCCAACGGCGAGCGGCCGCCGGGGACCCGACCCACGCCCGGGGCACGCGCGCGCCAGGGCGGGGACGCGGCCGGCGGGGGUGGGGGGCGGCGGGAGACGACGGCGGCCCCUCGUCACCACACAACGCCACCGCCGGGGGGCGGGGGCGAGCGGCGGACGCGGGCGGGAAGGCCGCAGCGGGCCCGGGAAGCGCCGGGCGCCCCGGGGAGCGCGGCACCGGGUCGGCAAGACGGACGACGGACGGGGGCGGACUUUCGGGAAAGGCCGCGGACGGGAGACGCUCCGGCGGCCAGGGGCCAGCCAGGCGCCGGAGAACGGCGAGCGGGAGCGGUGGAGGAGAGGACCGCGGGCCACCGCGAGGGGCUUUCGGGAAGCCUCAGAAGGCACCCGGGAGGCCGAGGUCGGGCGCCCAGGGGCGCACGCGGGGUCCCACCGCCCGAGGCCUCCAGCGCAAGGGCGGUCCCGCGGCACCCGAGGACGCCGGCCCGGCCCCCCACGGCGGGCCCCAAGCAACCUCGCGGGGCUCGGGGGCCCCAACCGCCACCGUUCACGCGACCGGUUCUCCCGAGAACGCUCUCCCGCACACGCGCAACGACGCCCCGCCCCAACACCCCCCGCGCGCCUCCCUCCUCCCCUUCCUCGGAGGACCGAGAGCACUUCGCCCGGGGACGCCCCCCCCGAGCCACGGCGGCCAAGGGGGGGGGCAAGACACCCAACAGCGGCGAGGCCGGUUUCGGUCCACGGAGGGCGGAGUUAGGGGCGCGGCACGCGCGGCGCGCCCGCGACCGUGCGGUCGGGGGACGCGGGCAGGCGGGGGGGACGGGGGGGGGCGGGUCGGCGGCGACGGGGAGGAGGCGCACAGCGGGCGAGGGCCGGGAGAGCGCGUGGGGAAGGGCCGGUCCCGGGAAGGGCGCGCCAACGAAGGCGCGAGCCGGGCCACCGGGCGGGAGCUGGCCCGACCCACACGCGCCCGCCGAGCCACCGCCGGCGGCGACUCGGCUCGGGAGCGGGCGGCGGCCCAGACAGCCAGCCGGCCGCUAGCGCGGCACACACGCACACACACGGGGGGCACGGGUGCGCCUCCCUUGCCGACUUCUUCCACCACCCGCUCCUCGGACACGCCGACGACGGCGGCGGCAGCCCGAGGGGAGUCGCCGGGGAAGGAAACGACGCCACCGCUCGGCCUCAGGCACCUGAGGCGACCUGGAGCGCUCCAGGGGCACCACGGAGGGCCGGGCGCAACGCGCUCAAGCGCGCCCAGGCCGGGCGGUGAGCAGCGCGGCGUCGGGCCGGCCCUCCCCGCGGAGGAGGGGAGGGCCGCUCGCCACGGACCCGGGGCCUUCGGGAAAGGCCGGCGAGAGUGUCCGCCGCGUCCGAGGACCCCGGUCCCGCCAGCGCCGCGAGGCAAGAAGGCGGGAGGCCGGGGUCGGGCCGGAGUCCGCACCACCCCCAACCCCGGCGCGCGCCCCCCGCGCACCCGCCACGACGGCCGGGCGCGGAGGAGCCGGGGAGGGAGGGGCCCGCGGGCAGAACGAGAAGAGCGGUCGCAUCCGCCGUGGACGCCCGUCCCUCGUCUGACGCGGCUUAGGCCCGGCCCAGGAGAGCACGAGAUCACCACAUCGAUCGAUCGGCAGCAAGCUGCGGCCCCGAGGGGGCUUCCCGAGGAGCAAAAGCCCAGCGAGGACGGCGACCGGGGGGACCUGCUUCCGCCUCACCGGCAAGCCCCUCGACCCCCGGGGGGGGGGGGGGCAGGAGCGACCGGACAACCCCAGACACAGCGGGGGACGCCUGACACGCGGCACGGAGCCUUGCGAGACAGGGGUUGUCACGGCCAACGGCCGGGUGCCCACGGCAUGGAGCGCACGGGGGUAAAAGACCCACCGCCACCUGCCCACACCGCCCUCCCUCGGGUGCCGGAGACCGGAGGGCGACACCGCGACCCGGGCCACCUGGAGUCCAGCACGAGAGCCGGCGCGCAGGCCCAGGCGGACGGCUCAGGCUCCAGCGAGCGAGGACAGGGACCGGCUCGGCCGCGCGGUCAAGCCCGGAACCCCACCCGCGCCCAGAGGCCCACAUCUCUAAGCCCCCAGGGCUAUCUGGUCGACCCAGGGAACGGGGGGGGGGGGGAGGGGAGGAGGGGCGAUACGCGGUCGGUGGAGACGCCACGCCGCCACGCCGCCACGCCGCCACGCCGCCACGCCGCCACGCCGCCACGCCGCCAAGCCAGUGAUCUCCGAGAGGAGACUUUGAAAAAUCAUCAAAGUUCUCCGGAGGCAGGCACCGUGCGGAGGCCGUCCCCCGCGGCCCUCAGGACCGCCCCGUGCCUACCGCCGUCCCCAACCCCGGCUCGGGCCAGGGGAGGUGGAGGGCCACGCGCGGCAGAGGCAGCCUCACCGGGAAUCGCCACCGGGGCCGGACGCCCGAACGGACGGCCCGCCCACCCCCGCGUGGCACCCGGUCCGACCGCCCGGGACCCACCUCCGCAGCGGGCCUCGGAACAAGGGGAGAAAAUCGCGUCCGACGCCCGGGACCCCCACACGUGCCCGCAGCCGGGUCUGUCGCGCCACCCACGGGCUUCCCCUCCAGGCUCAGACCGGUCCCCGUCGCCAGGGCGUGACCACGGGAGACAACCGAGUGACACGGAAGGAAGGCCCGAAGAUCGCCCGGAGCCACAGGACGGACGGCGGGACACACCCUGUCCCCCGCCCCCGAGGCGGCCCAGGUCGGUCCGCGCGGGCGGAGGAGGAGCCACCGGCGGGUGCUGGUCGACCCACCCAGGCGGCCCGCACGGCCUCCUCCGGGAGCGAGGCGGAGGCGACAGCGGCGACAGCGGCGACGGCGACACUCCCUCGCAGCUCCGGAGGUCCAAUCUCCGGCGAGCGCAUCGCGCGCCGAGGCCCCGGCGACAGCCGGACGCUCGCGCCGGAGCCGCCCUCCUCCUGGAACUCGGCCCCGGGAAACCGACACCAAAGCUGUUCCUUGCCUGUCGCCGCCGAGCCUCCGGAGGGGACACGCUCUAUAAAAGCGGCCGCCAGGUGGCACCCGACAACCGGCGCGAACGACAGCGGGACAGAUCCGGGCGGCGAGGCCGUCAGGGCGCCUCGGAUCUCGCCUCUCGGCCCGGGGACGGCGGAGGGCCCCGGGAGCACACGGCCGCGCACCGCGCGAACCCCCGUCCUCCCGGGGCGGGGGAGCCUUGGAAAACCCGUCCGUCCGUCCGUCCGUCCGUCCGUCCGGGCCCGCUGCCGCCCGGAAAGGGGGUCGCGCUCGCCGCGCGGGGCUCCCGGGACGACUCAGGCACGUUUCCGAG